UCCUCCUGAUUGCACAUGUAUUCACUUACAGGCGUGUCUGUCUUUGGUUUUAUAUGUGGCGUCUGUUGUAUUCUUCAGUAACCUCACUUGUGUGCUGCCUGCCUGUUUCUUGGAUUCAGUUUGCAAUUUUUUUCCAGCAUUUGGAUUUUGUUUGGACUCUGCAUAUUUGGAUUUUCCAACUUCCAAAAUAAAGCUAUCGUCGCAUCAACAACAGAGGGGGAAAAAAACGAGCCUUGACACGUAAUUCCUGACUCUACUUGGUUGGAUUAGCCAUCACUGAGAUAUCACUAUGUCAGAACAGACCACACUGUACAGUUACGAGGACUAUGAAAAUGGUAUAGGCGACUACGCUCCUACCAAUUUCAGUGAUGUACAGGUCUUCAGCCAAGUGUUUCUAUCCACUCUCUAUAGUUUGGUUUUUGCCUUGGGCUUCAUAGGUAACGGACUAGUGGUGUAUGUCGUGGUGAAGUACCGCAAUCAGAGCAACCUGACAGACAUCUGCCUCUUCAACCUGGCUCUCUCUGACCUCCUCUUCGUCUUCACGCUGCCGUUCUACUCUCACUAUGCCAGGGUCGGCCAGUGGACUUUUGGAGACUUCAUGUGCCGUUUGUUGUCCGGCUCUCACCAGACUGGCUUCUUCAGCAGCAUCUUCUUCAUGGUUGUCAUGACGCUGGACCGUUAUGUAAUCAUCGUGCACUCUCACAGGGUGGCACGUUAUCGUACAAUGAGGGCAGCCAUCAUUCUGACCGUGCUCGUUUGGACGCUGAGCUUGUUUGUAUCUCUGCCGGAUUUUAUCUUCACACAGGAAACAAAGGACGAGUCUCAGAAGUUUGGAUGUAACUAUCCCGAGGAGAAGAAAGUCUGGAAGCAUUACAACCUGUUCACCACAAAUGUGCUGGGUCUCGUGAUUCCCAUGCUGGUGAUGGUAGGUUGCUACUCCAGGAUCAUCCCCACACUGGUAAACAUGAGGACCGCAAAGAAGCACCGCAUUGUCAAGCUGAUCAUCUGCAUAGUGGUUGCAUUCUUCUUGCUCUGGGCUCCAUAUAACAUUUCCCGUUUCUUGAAGUUUCUUCAGGAAAAAGGAAAAAUCCUACGUGAUCCCAUCUGGUACAAAAAUGUAAGGCUGUCAGUGGUAGUAACUGAGGCGUUUGCUUACACUCACUGCUGUCUGAAUCCCAUCAUAUAUGCAUUUGUGGGACAGAAGUUUAUGAGAAGGGCCUUGAAGCUGCUGAAAAAUUUUGUGCCUGGCAUCAGGAAUCUUCCAGCCAGCUCAUUCAGGAGAAGCUCAGUUAUUUCCAAGUCCUCUGAAGUCACCUCCACUUAUAUCAUGUAGAAGGUGUAGGGAGGAUUGUUUGACAUGAAUGUUUCACCCUGUUAUUACUGCAGACCAUAUCUUAUUCAUGUUUCAGUGAUUUGUUUUGUUAAUUUGGUCACUCCCACUUGCCACAUAGCAGUUUUCUUCACCUGUGUCUCACCAUGUUGAAUUUUCAGUAUUGUUUUGACUGUAAGAUUUCAGAUUUAAAGGCUCAUUAUUUCUGAAAUGAUUGUAACCUGCUAGCACUGCUGUCUGCUUUACAGAUUGUCAAGUCCUUUCUAAACUAUGGAAUGAGGUUUUUUUUGCUGAUGGUGUAAAAUGAAACUAUUUUCUUCAUGCAUGUUUUUAUUCAACAGCUAUGUAGGAUAAACAUAUCGAAAAAGAAAACAAGGCAUAAUGGAACAUUUUAUACUUGUGUGCAUAAAGCGUUUCAUUCAAAUGUAUGCAAAUACAGUGCUAGGUGUUAAAAGUACAUUUUCACGUGUCUUCUGACAUAAUAUUGGGUAUUUGACAAAUGAUAAGGAACAACCUUUCCAGUGUGUAUUUUUGUGUCAAUUUUGUAUACGCAUGUACAGUAUGCUGUAUAGAGUUUUAUAUAUUAGAUUUUCUUUUUUUGUUUCAGUGAUUAUUGCAGGUAUUUCAAAGGUUAUACUAAAUAUAUAUAUUAUCUUACUUUAUUGUACACAUUUGUUAUGCUUUUUUUGGCUGCUGUUGUUUUUGAUUCCUUGGCUUUGCAAUUUCUUUACCAGUGAAAGUGAUUAUAUUCUGCAAUACUCAUCUCUCAUCCUGAUUUUACAUGGUAGUUUCCUUAAGACAGUCACUGAUAUGUAACUUCUGUCGGUGCUGUGCUUUUGGAAACCGAAUUUCCCAGAGGAACCCACCCGAGGGAUUAAUAAAGUUUUAUCUUAUCUCUUAUCUCUGAUAUUGCAUAUUUUGAGUAUAAUAGUGUGUAUUGAGCAUGAUCUCCUAUAUUUCCCUUUGUAACUGUAAAGAAAAAAUCCUUACAUGAAAAGUCAUGAAAAAAGAGAUUAUUAAAAAAAGACAAGAU